GACUCUCCCACGCUGCAGUCGGUGGUUCUGCCCGGAUUCAGACCCGGAAUCCGAAACGGCAUCGGAAUCGGAAUCGGAAUCUUGCCCGGAUUGUGAAGCAGACUGAGAGAGGUGCAAGGACAUGCGAAGAAGCAGCAGCAACUCAAAAAGUAUAAUUGCAGCAGCAAUUGCAACACAAGAAGUAAAAUAAGCAGCAUAGCAGCAACAGCAACAGCAACAGCAACAUUUGCUGCAAGUGCAGAUACCACAGCCGUCGCCGCCGCCAAGUUCAAAAUCAACGCCUGACAAUGACAAAAGCAGCGACGUGGCGCCUACCAAGCCAAAUUAUAAUAGCAGUAGGAGCAGCAGCAGGAGCAGCAGCAGGAGCAGCAGCAGCAGCAGCAACACCAAUCAAACCAGCAGCAGCGGCACCAACAGCAACGCCAGCAACAGCAGCAACAACAAGGACAGCAGCAACAUCAGGAGGAGCAGCAGCAACGGCAGCAACUGCAGCAACUAAAGCAAUAACAAUCAAUGGGCCGCAAACGACAAGGCGACGUCAACGAGGCUGCACAACAGCAACACCAAACAUGCAGCAGCAGCAGCAGCAGGAACAACAACAGCAGCAGCAGCAACAAUCGUACUUGCAACGCCUGGGGGCGUGGCUGCCACCGAUGACGUCGAUGAUGUGGCUUUGGCUGCCAACUUAUCCAAUCGCCCGGCUGCUUUUGGCCCUCUGCCUGCUGGGCUGCCUCAGCCCCUUUACAGCUGCACUCGAGGAGGACUGCGUAGACUUUCAGGGCAACAAGGUGAACCACGGAAUGCUGUACGUGCCCGGACCCGGAGUUUGUAGCCUCUGCGUUUGCUAUCACUCCGAACCACUCUGGUGCAAGGCCAUCUACUGUGAUCCGCCCUACUUUUGCAAAAACUUUCGGGUCGGCGAACGUUGCUGUGAGUUCGAAUGCUUGGAUCCGCCUGGCGAGGACAAACUGUACCAGGAACGAAUGCGAAAGAGGGCCGAGAUAUUGGCCGGGAACAGUACAGCCUCGAAUGUGCAACUCGCCCCGAUAGCCAUGUCCACCAUAAUGCUGGGAUUCCUGGGCAACAGCUUCAUGAACUUAUAACUUGAUGUCAAAUAGCUAGAGAUGGAGAUGAAUUUAUGGCGAUGCUAAGCGAAGCGAAAUCAGAACCUCAUCAUUUUUUGUUGCUCCUAAGGUGUAGGACUCUCUUGAAAAUUAUUACAGUGUAAUAAGCAAAAAACCCAGAUUUGUCUGAGCAUUAACUUUAGAGGAAGCAAAAUGCAUCGUGUCAUCGAUGCGUAGGUUUUCACUUAUAUAUCCCCAGACUUAUAAUAGGUACAAUAACAAUUUCAAAAGGACAUGGAACAGGAAAAGUUGGGAUAUGGAAAAUACCCCUCAAUAGCAACAGAAACAUUUUAGAAUACUUUCAAUGUGAUCGGAAUCGAAUCGGUAUAGCCAGCAGAUAUAUAGCAUAAACAUUUACAUCUACCUAAGUAUAUAAUGAGUAAGCAACACCAAGAAACCAGAACAAACUCAUCAAGCGAACGUAUAAGACAGUCUCUAGCUCCUAAGACUCUAUAGUAAAUAUAGACAAAAAAAAUAUAUAUAUAUAUAUAUAUAUACAUAUAUAUGUAAGCAUAUAUUGUACAUAAGAGUGUCUAGCUCUUUGUACCGGAUCAAAAAUUGUUAAUUAGUGUUUAGCUAACUGAAUGAAGGCAACUUCGGCUAGGAAGAUAGGUUUUUUUUAAUCCAAUUGAAAUGUUCACACAAUACACCACAUAUUUCACCACAUUAGACCCUGCUCCUAAGUUUUUUGUUUCGUCUUAAACUGACAAAUGUAUAAUCUUUUGAUCCUAUUUCUAAAUAUGAAAUUUGGUCUCAAAAUUAAUGCAACGAUAAGUUCAAUCCGCACUUCAUGAAAUAUGUUUUCAUAUCACAAAUUUUUAAUCUGAAAUCGAUUUGCUUAUCGUUUGAAAUGAUAUCGAUAGCAUUGUUAUUUUUCUUUGAACUAUUACUUACUAUUGAUGGAUCUGUUUUUUAAAUUACCACCUGACACGUUAAAUAUAUAUGUACGUUUAAGGGCAGUUCGAUGUAAAAUCUCGAUCUUAGAAAACAGUAGUAAAUUACACAUAUCUUGGCAACAUUUUAUUCAAAAUAUUAUAACAGACACGGACACGAAUAAAAUCAUUAUCUCUUGCAUUGGUGCUAAUUUUAUCGUAGGCUAAAAUAAUUACAAAAACACACACACACACACACACACACUCCUUACUUCGCACAUCACACACGAAUCAUAUUGAAUCUAAUUCUAUAUAUCAAUUAGGUAAUGUAAUCAAGAGCAAAAAAAAAGGCCUAGCAUAUACGAGUAGUUAACCAAUUAAAAACCCCAUAUUGUGUGUAAGAAAAAUUGCCUAAGGUAAUACCCGUUAACGAUCUAAUAAUAAUGACUAAUGAAAACUAACUCUUAUGUUCACUCGCUCGUUAGGUUUUACAUUUCCCAUUUGGAUAAAUCAAUUGCAUAAUCAGCGAAGAGCGAAAAAACGUUCGGCAAAGCUUAGUAGAUAUGUAGGAAAAAUAAAAUCCCUUGAAGAAGAAUAGAUCUCGUUUCAACUUUAGGCUAAUGACUCUGAAGCCAUCUCCGUCUCUUUCUAUUUAUAUAGUAAUCUAUUAUUGUAGCAAAUAAAUCUAGAGAUAUAGCAGGACCAGCAACCAAACAAAACAUUACAUUUAAAUAGAAACGAUACAAAAAAAAAUCAAUAUGCGAAAAGUUGGUCAAAUUUUUUUCACUUGACAGCACAUCAAAGCAAAAUACAAUUAACAAUAAAAAUAAAUAUAAAAUGCGGUAAUAUCCGAGAGUGUGGAGUACGGCUGUGAAAUUAUGUUUGCUUUAAAAUGCAUAAGCGCAACUGUAAAUAAUAAAUGUUUACUAAAGUAUAUACGCCAUAAUAUGGUACAACUAUUCAGAUCAAGCAGAAAGUUCGAGGAAAGCGAAAUGAAGCUCAGAGAGUAGGAGGAAAAUGAAGAAGAAAAUAACUAAUUAACUGAAUGUACAAUUCAAUAUGCCACAACAUUUGACCAAUUAUGAUCCAUAACAGAAAUUAUAUAUAUAUACAAAAAAUAUAUAUAUACAUACAUCAAUCCAAAUAUCUGAUAAGACAAAUGACAAAUUUUAAUUAAACAAGAAGAACAGGAAGGAUAGCGAGAAGGGCAGAUUCGAAGCGCGCUUAACAAAUUUUAUCAUAGACUCAACUAACAAAUGCAAAUUGGCUUUAAUUAACAACUUAAUAAAGAACAAAUCACACGAAUAAUAUCUAAAGAUAAUAUUUCGAAAACAUAUUUCAUUUGUUUUUAUUGAUUUUAGUUAUAGAUAGCAGUGUUGUGAAACAACCGAAACAUUUUUUUCCUAGCUUAAGCGCUUUGCCAUUAACCGUAACCCAAAGAUCCCUAAAAAAAAAAAAUGUUUUUAUAACCGAAAUGAACUAUGGGCAGGAUAUGAAGCUCCUUGGAUUUCGAUAUCUGAAAUGAUACAAAUUGAUUAAAUCGCAAUUAGAAUUUUAAAAACAUUCUGUGUUAAACACAAUUUACGCAAUUAAAGGGAAUUCACUUUUUGAGGGAAUUUCUGAAGUUUAAAAUAUUUUCUAGUAUUCUUCGAAAUAAACGCUAAUAUUUCACGUUAAUAAAUAGGCAAACUGUUUCAACAGCGGGAAUAUGAAAAAGAUAGAAAAUCGCAGUAAAACGAAAGAGAUAGCGUAAACAUAUAAUUCAUUGGGCUAUAUAUCCUGCCAUUUGGACUGGCAAUUAUAAAAAUUUAUUAUUGAUAUAAAUUAUAAUAGAGCAGGAAAUAUUUUACAAUUAUUAAACCUUACCAACCAAAAUCCAAAUCGACAAGCAAACUAUUAAACUUGACAAUUUUUAAUGUAAUCCAAAAUAAUGUUAUAACGGGAUCGUCUAAUGGAAAAUCUUUAACAAACUAAAAAUAUUAUUAAUUAAUACCAAAAACAAUGAAACAAAUGUCAUAAAAUGUUUAACGAUAAUUUAGCAAAAGAGGCAAAUCCAAAAUCAUGUAUGCAUACUUUAUAAUAAUACUAAUUCUAAAUACCAGAAAAAUUUUAACAAAAAUAUACAAAUAUUUUCACAAUAGCUUAAA